UUGAGGCAGCGGCUGACUACGGAAAAUGGCGGCCGGGGUGUUUGGCGCCCGUCCGCUCCGGCCGUUUCUAUGGCGAUGAGGCGGGUCGGGCCGGCUCGGGCCUCGUGAGCGAAAAAUGACCCAAGGGAAGAAAAAGAAGCGGCUGAACCGCAGCGUCCUGCUGGCCAAGAAAAUCAUCAUCAAGGACGGAGGCACGCCGCAAGGGAUAGGUGAACCGAGUGUUUAUCAUGCAGUGAUUGUCAUCUUUUUGGAGUUCUUCGCUUGGGGAUUGCUGACAACUCCUAUGUUAACUGUUUUGCAUCAGACAUUCCCUCAGCACACGUUUCUAAUGAAUGGACUUAUCCAUGGGGUGAAGGGAAUAUUAUCAUUUCUCAGUGCUCCUCUGAUUGGAGCUUUGUCGGAUGUUUGGGGCAGGAAGUCCUUUCUUCUCUUAACUGUGUUCUUCACCUGUGCCCCAAUUCCUCUCAUGAGAAUAAGCCCCUGGUGGUACUUUGCAGUGAUUUCUAUGUCUGGAGUAUUUGCAGUCACAUUUUCAGUGAUCUUUGCCUACGUAGCAGAUAUAACUCAGGAGCAUGAGAGGAGCACAGCUUAUGGACUUGUAUCUGCAACGUUUGCAGCUAGUCUUGUAACCAGUCCAGCCAUUGGAGCAUACUUGGCUAGAGCGUAUGGAGACAACCUUGUGGUAGUUUUGGCCACUGCUAUUGCCUUGCUGGACAUCUGUUUCAUUCUUGUGGCUGUGCCAGAAUCUUUACCAGAGAAGAUGAGGCCUGCUUCCUGGGGUGCACCAAUUUCAUGGGAACAAGCAGACCCUUUUGCAUCUCUGAAGAAAGUGGGUCAGGAUUCAACUGUUCUGCUGAUCUGUAUUACAGUGUUUCUCUCGUACCUGCCUGAAGCAGGCCAGUAUUCCAGCUUCUUUCUUUAUCUCAGACAGGUAAUUGGAUUUUCCUCAGAAACUGUAGCUGCCUUUAUUGCAGUCGUGGGAAUCCUUUCCAUUUUAGCUCAAACUGUGGUGCUUGGCAUCUUGAUGAGGUCCAUAGGGCAUAAGAACACCAUCCUCCUGGGCCUCGGCUUCCAAAUUCUCCAGCUAGCUUGGUACGGCUUUGGAUCUCAGCCCUGGAUGAUGUGGGCAGCAGGAGCCGUGGCCGCCAUGUCCAGCAUCACCUUCCCAGCGGUCAGUGCCCUGGUUUCCAGGAAUGCCGAUCCAGAUCAACAAGGAGUUGUGCAAGGAAUGAUCACUGGAAUCCGUGGAUUGUGCAAUGGCCUUGGUCCAGCGCUGUAUGGAUUUGUAUUCUACCUUUUUCACGUGGAGUUAAAUGAAAUGGGAGAUGUUGAUAACCCAGGCAAAGUUCCAAAAGGAAACAUGCAGAAUCCAACUGAUGAGAGUACCAUAAUCCCAGGACCUCCUUUUCUUUUUGGUGCGUGCUCGGUGUUGCUGUCUCUGCUGGUCGCCUUAUUCAUCCCCGAGCACAGUGGCCUCCCUCUGCGCUCUGGCAGCUGGAAGAAACACAAUAAUGGAUCCCAGGGCCACCCCCACAGUCCACAGAGUGCGAGUCCCGAUGGCAAAGAGCCUCUAUUACAAGACAGUUGUGUAUGAUGGUCAAGAGCUGCCCACUCUCGGGUAGCUGGAAGUGGAAUUAGAGAUCAGGCACGGCUGCAAAGCCAAGGUUUUCAUUUUGGGAAUACUAACAUUGGUAUUUUUCUUUCUGGAUUGUUGGAAGUUGAAAGGUUUGUCUUGUCUUUUUUUUUAUAAUUUAAUGUGUUUAAAAACAAUUCCAUUCAUGCCACUUUCUGGUCCAGCUCCUGAUUGGCUUAUUGAAGUCAGGAUGCUCUUGGGUAGCUUUCAGCAGUUGGCACAAUCCAGAGUCCCUUAAUUACAGGAUGUCACUCCUCCCUAUUUUGCUGUCUUCUGCAAGACACCAGAAGUCAGUUACAAUCAGUUGAUAAACUUUUGUGCUUCUUCAACCUGAGUUUUUUUUAAAUUGCGCUGUUGCUAACGUUUCCUGGAGACGUGAGUAUCGUGUGGAUGACUGCCAGCUAAAUAUAACACUGCCAGGAUUUGCAGAGAACACAGCAAGGAUGAUCCACUUAAACAAAUAUAUUAAAAAUGGGUCUACUGGCAGGCUGGCUUUAUGAAAGUCCUGGUGGUUUUGAAUUCAGCUUGUAGCUAGCUCCACUAGACCUACAAUUCUUGGAUCUGAUGGCAAUCAACUGCAGGCUUCUUGCAGUAUAAAAGCAGUUUCAGUCAAAGGGGGGGCAAUGGUUUAAAGUAGCUGUACAAGCUUAAACCUGUCUGGUCUCGUGGCUAAGUUACUAAUUAUUUUCAAAAGUAGCAAAUUGGCAUGUAAACCUCAAUCUCUGAUCUUCUAACUAUGCCCUAAGGUGGUCAUAGCAACUUCUGAGUUUCUCUCUUCCUUCACCUUGCCCUAAUCCUUUGUUAUUUUUUCUGUUUGGACUCUUCGUGCAACUGAGGUCCACCCAAGACAAUGUUGUACCUGUUGCUGAUGGGCCAUGGGGGCUCACCGUGAUUUCACCUGUGCGGUGACUUCUUUAUUGCAAACAGGCUGCUGAAGGUGCUUACCCCUUCACAUAAUUGAGCUUUGGGGGGAGGGAGGUGUAAAUAAUCCUAAAAGACCAACUAUUUUAUUUGAAAAGCACUCGUUCUUUUGUUUUAUAGAAGAAAGGAGAACCCCACCUCCAAACCACAAUCCCUUUGUUUUUUUGGGGGGCUGAAGUGCAGGAAAAGGACUCAGAAUGCACUAAUUUCCAGGCCACUCGUGGCCUACAUAUGGAGAGAUCCUGAAUUAAGCCACAAGUUAAGGGCAAGUUAUCCUCUAGGUCAUGAGCACUUCUGCCCUUGCAUCACAUCAUGUUUGUUAGCCAUGGAAGCUGUCUGUAAGUCCAAGGACUGAACAGCUGAAACAAACCUUUUGUGUUCUCUCCAGUUACUUUUUUGCUGUUUCGUUGAUGCAGGACAAAUCGGGUGCAGUUGUAUAUCCUAACCAACCUGUAGCACACAAGUAUUUUGCUGAGGUUUGUAUUGUACUAAUCCAGACCCUAACAGAGUUCUAGAGUUACUAUUCAUACAGACUCCUGUCUUAAACAAGCUGCAUAUUUAGAUCAAAUGUAUCCAACUUUGAUGAAGUGACCCAAUUCACAGCCCUUCACACCUGUGGGACACUUUGAAUGUGGAAAGGAUCUAAAGUAGUGGCUGCCUGGUGUUACUCCUGCAAUUAGCAGAUAGGUUUUGGAGGAUAGUUUGUAGCUGGUUUACCCUGCAGUGCCUCCAGCUUCAUUCCAAUAAUGAACUUAAUCUAUGAUAUUAGCUGUAUUUUUGCAGGCACUUGGAUUUUUACACCUGUCUUGUAUUUAGCCCCAAGGGCAUCAUUGUAAAUCAAUUGGCUGAUUCAUCUUUAUUUUAACCUGUGUUCUUUACGAUUUGGUUAAGGGUACUUCUAAACUGUGCCAUACAGAUCCCAAAUUCCACUUGCAAUCUUUUUUGUUUAGUAGAUUUUCACAAUGGUGGAGGUGUUGGAGGAUGAUAGAAUCAUGUUACAGUUCACCUUGGCACCCUUGGGCAGAGGGGAAAUCAGCCGGAGUUGCCACUCCUGAUCACCAAAUAGCCGCUGCUGCUAAAAGUAUGUUCUUGGCUAUCUGGGUGAGGGCAGAACUUACCUUUACUUUGUCCCCUGAAUUCACAUCACCUGCAGACUCAGACUGUGGGCAUUCACACAUGAACAAUGCCAUUUUGGUGAGCUGCUAGAGGGUGUACAGCACCUGUAAAAUGUAUACCACCAGAGCCUCGGGCAGGAGGGAGAAAAGGAAUAAAGAUAAUCUUUCUGAUCUUGUUCAAAGCUAAUUUCCUAAUUUGGAUAUUCAUACAGGUUAGAACCUGACAAACCUAUAUUGCCUAGGAAUAGGAGUAGGGGGCAAAGGAUUUGUAAACCAGAUUACUAACAAUCCAGAAGCAAUUUGCAUUUGUGCGGUUCUCGCUUUGUAAUGGAAAUGGGGCACAGAAUAUUUCCAGGAGCGCAAUGAGUUUGGACUGAUGCAGUGAUUAUCACUGCUUCAUCUUUGGAAAUGUUCUAAGUAUGUAUUCUGUACUUUCAGAAUCCUUUUUUUUUUUUUAACCCCCUACCCAAAUACUCCGUCCCAACUGAAGUAAAAUUCCUGUGCCAGUUUCUGUCUAUACCCUGACAAGAUAAUAUCAAAAUGUGGUUCUUAAUGAAGGAGAAAUAUAUCACCAACUGCAGAGCCCCUACUUUCCCUUGCAAGCUAACACAAGGAUUAAAACUCUGCUCAUGACAUCUGGUCCUUUUUUUAAUGUGCCAUUAUUUUGUUUUCCUGUAAUGUGCCCUGUUUUAUUUUGACUAAACUUUGUUCAACUUU